AUGCCAUUCGAGAUACCAUUCAUAAUCGAAUGCGUGUACCCUUUGAUGUCCAUCGACGUCAAUCAUGCAGUCUCCACGGCGUCACCAGAGCUCACCACCAUCCAUGCAGAUGAAUGCCUUCUUCAUUGCUACAAGGGCGUCUAUUACAAUAUACCAGUGCAAGUGAAAUCCAGGCAGUUACUCUUCUAUGUCAUUUGUGGUUCCCAUAUUGGCGUCAUGGCAGGCUGGGAAAAUGCUUUGAACUGUGUUCUGGGCAUUGCAAAUCCCGAUUAUCGUGAAGUUGAAUCUGUCGCACUUGGGGAGCAACUGGUUAGGGAGGCAAUCGAUCAAGGCAGGAUCGAGAUGGUGGAACCGGUUCUAUCAAUGCCAUAUGAUCUAAAGCGGCUGUUCCUGCCUCAGUGCCUGUGCGAGGACUCAGGAUCUCACCUCAGCUUGAAGCUAACUAGCUACUGCCCCAGUGUAAGCCAUGUAAAAGAAGAGAGGUCAAAAGUCAAAACGCCGUUACAGUCAAUAGGACAACUUACAAAGGGACGGGAGAGGGACAAGAGGGUAUCAGGACUAUGUGAGGUUCACGUUGCACCCAAGGCACUGCGGCAGCACAUUGAGGAUGACUGUUCUGUACAGCCAAAUCUGAUCAGCCAAUCAGCGUAUGGAUAA